CCCCUUUGAGAAAUACGUAGAAAUGGCUUCAACAAAGGUGACCCGUCGUGGACGUCCCAGAGAGACUGGGACAUUGAGGCGCAAGCGUAAGACUCUGAAGAGGAUGGAAGCGAAAGUUGCGGCGAUGAGGAGGGAGAUGAAUCGUGUAAGAAUGGAAACAGCCGAUGAGGUAGCUGCAAUGGAGGAAAUGAGAAUGGAACUGGAUCACCAGUUUGAUGUCAUGCUUCUUGUCUCGGCAGUAGACAGCCUUAGCAACAUCAUACUUCAGCUUUAGUCAGCUGAGGAUAUAUCGAACUUGAAGAGCUGGUAGUUAAACCAGUUUACUUUGCUUAAUUAAUGCUGGUGUGUUAUGUAUUUUACUUAUAUAUAUCUAGCAUGUGGGAUAAGAAAAAUAAGUUAGGGGUUUGCUCUUAUAAAUAACUUGUGUCAUUUGGUCGGGUCUGUGAGUGUCAAAGCUCUUAUAAGGUUAAGUUUGGACUUCCAUGUGUACUAUAUAAAUAAAAUGAGUUUCUUUAC